CCUCUUCACUCUCGCCUGUUCCCCUUCCUUUUUUCUUUCUCCUAACUUUCCCCUGUCCCACUCCCACUCUCUCUCUCGCACAUCUGGAGGGUAUCUGGUGUGGCUGUGUGACUCCUCACUUGCUAUGGGACAGCCUGCGUUGGGACUGGACGUCAGACUUUCAGCAAGCGUUGGUCGAAGAGUUGGUGCCGACUGAAGCUUCAGACUCAGCAGAGAGAGGAAACAGAGCCGACCGUCUUUUGUUCUUCACCUGGACGGCUCAGUAGUGGACAUGGCCUUUCCCAAGCAUUCCAUCCUGCAGGCCCUGAGUGUGCUGCUCUUGGCCUGGGUGUUGGUGCGCUGCCAGGCCCCUCUAGAACCAGAGGAAGAGGAGGAGGAAGAGACAAACAUCGUAACAAUAGGGACGAAACCCGACCCAAUUGAAUGUCCGCCAGAGUGCAGCUGUACGGCAGAGGGGGUAGUGGACUGUGCCGGAGUCGACCUCAUAGAGUUCCCCGCCAAGCUGUCCGACAAAACCCGCCAGCUCUCCCUACAGAACAACAAAAUCGAGGAGAUAACAGUGGAGCACAUCUCUCAUCUGCAUCAGCUGGAGACUCUGAACCUUCAGAACAACUGGCUCACCACAGACGGCCUUGAAGAUGAAGGUUUUGAGAUGCUCGAGCAGCUGGCUUAUCUAUACUUGGCAAACAACAAGCUCACCUCAGCACCUAAAAGCUUACCGCCCUCGUUGGUUAGCGCUGAUUUUGCUGCUAACCAGCUGACAAGGAUUUACCCCUAUACAUUUGGCCAGAAACCAAAACUGAAGUCUGUGUACCUCCAUAACAACAAGCUGACAGACGCAGGCCUUCCGGAUCAGAUGUUCAACGGUUCUGACAACCUGGAGAUCCUCACCAUGUCCAGCAACUUCCUGCGGGUUGUCCCGAAGAAUUUGCCCUCCACCCUUUACCGCCUCCAUCUUAAGAGUAACAAACUGGAGAAAAUCCCAGCGGGGGCCUUUGACAACUUGCGAAACCUCAGAGAGUUGUAUCUCCAGAACAACAACCUCAACAACGAAGGCAUCGACAACGAGACUUUCAGCCAGCUGAGCAGCCUGGAGUGUCUGGACUUGUCAAAUAACAACCUGAGUGUCGUCCCAAAGGGCUUGCCUCGCAAUCUAGUGCUGCUACAUCUGGAGAAGAACUCCAUCCGCAGCAUCCCUGGAGACUCUCUUACAUCUGUCCGAAACCUCGAAUACCUGGUCCUCCACAAUAACAAGCUCCGAUCACGCUCCAUCCACCCGGCUGCCUUCAUGGGCUUGAAAAAGCUGCACACGCUCCACAUGUACAACAACUUGCUUGAGCGGGUUCCCAGAGGUUUGCCUCGGCGAGCCAAGACCCUCAUGUUACUCCACAACUUCAUUGCCGAAAUUGGCCGCAAUGACCUGGCUGUGCUCUACACCCUGACGGAGCUCAACCUCAGCUACAACAAGCUGACCAGCCCCAGGGUGCACCGGGAGGCCUUCAGGAAGCUGCGCCUGCUGGAAACCCUGGAUCUGUCAGGGAACAGCCUUCACUCGGUGCCUCUGGGUCUUCCUCGAAGCCUGCGGCAGCUCGAGAUCAAGAACAACCAGCUGAACUCCAUACCGGACGGGGCGCUGACGGGCAUGGAGAAGCUGGGAAAGCUCGUCCUGAGCAACAACCAGCUGAAACUGAAUUCUAUCUACCAGGGAGCCUGGAUGGAGCUGAGUGCACUCACAACACUUGACCUUUCCGGCAACCAGCUGUCACACAUCCCCUCUGACCUGCCCGAGUCUCUGGAAUACCUUUACCUGCAGAGUAACCGCAUCUCCAGCGUUCCCGCCUCGGCGUUUGAAGGCACUCCGAACAUCAAAGGCAUCUUUCUUCGUUUUAACCGGCUCUCCGUGGACUCCGUGGACGAGAGCUCCUUCGCACAUCUGUCCAACUUGCAAGUUCUGGACAUCAACGCGGGAAGCACCGACCUGUCCUUUAAAAGAGAGGAGGAGCAGGAAACAUAAGACGGCUCGACUGAACUGACAUUGGACUGAGUUGUUUCAAGGACAGAAAAGGGCUUUAAAAAAUGGGAAUGAACCUGUGAAUGUCAUGUCCCAGGUCCAUUACUGCGACGUGCUGAGUGACAGAGUUACAUAUUUCUGGUGCAGGAUACCAGAUGUUCCUUUUAGUUUUCCUUGUUUUGGGCUGGUUAGUAUUACAUAUCUUUUAUAUCUGAGCUAAUAUUUGAGUUUGACUGUCUAUCCGUCAUCUGAUCUGAUUUUUUUUUUUUUUUUUUUUGGUGCUUUAUUCUGAAAAAUGCAUUCACAAAUUCACUGUGAUUUUUUUUUUUCCCUGUAAAUGUUUGAGAAAACCAAAAAAAGAUUUCAAGCAGAGUGAAAAAUGUCUGACGUUGUUCACACUGUGUGUGUCUUUUCUCCAAAUACCUUUUGAAAAAUUUAUGUUUUAAGACCAAGAAUGUCAAUUUACUUGUGAAAUACCGAGAAUGACAGACACUCAUCGCAAACCUGAAGCGGAUUUUCCAAUUACUCACUUCAUCCAUCCGACAAUCAGAAAACCUUCGAGGAUUUAAUUGAGACGAGAAAGAAUAAUAAGAGAAAACCUUCACGUUUUGAAAUGCUCUGAAGUUAUGAUCCUUAAAAUGUUCACUACAAGUGACUCAUCCACCGUAUUCACAUUCUGUAAUUGUGUUACGAACCGCAUUUGAACUUUCUCUCCCUCCAGGUGUUUUACCUGUUGUACUAAUGUUUUUUCCACCGCAGAGACAGUGUUAGCAACGAAACAAAAACAAGCAUUUCACCUGACAAUCACUCACCUGACCUCCAAACUCUGUUGUGGGCUUUUUUUGUGAAUGUUGGAAUAUGAGUCAAACCUUCGUACACAAGCAUUAUUACGACAAAAGAGGCACUUUUAAGAUUUACUGUAUUUUCAUAUCUGGGUCAAACUAAAAAGAACAUUUUUGAACAACUCAUGUUAGCAGUAGCUUGUUCUGCUCACCGCCGUCCUGAAGAAGUAUCGAUCUCUGAACGU